AAGGUGCAAAACUUUGGACUGUAAGACUCGGGGGAAAACCACCUGCCGAUGAACCUGAAUCAGCAUCUUCGUUCUGCCUGCCCUGCUGCCUGUGUGCUCCGAUGAUGCCAAGCCUGUUUUCAGUUUUCAGUCGAUAGUUGGCUUUGACGGGGAAACGACAAAGAAAGUAAAGUUCGGGAAGAUCGGGGUCAUCGUAUAAAAUUAUUGCGCAUUUCAGGCCGCAUCUGGCCAAACAUCAAUAUCAGAAUACUCAGAAAAGGCCUUAUUGGCCCACUCAUCAAAUAGACAACACUAAUCCGCGAUCUGCUCUCUUCAAUCUCCUCGAGCGGCUCUCUUCACUUAUCAGGGCCCGAAAACCAGAGACUAGGUUGAUAAGCGAGCGCCACUAGAGCGACCGGAACACUUCCCCUUCGACUUUGCUACGGAAUGGAGCAGCUACUGCUACGGCUUUUUGUAAUCACCCUUGUGGUGGCUUUGGCACUGGGCUAUGGCCCUGGAGGAUCGCGGCCGGUGCGUACUGUGGAAGUGCUGACGCAGUGGCGCCAGCUGGAGUACGGCUUCCCCACGGCCCAGGAUCGUGAGAACGCCCAGGCUGCUGGUAACCUGGUGCCCGAAAACGGCACUCCCAUCGAUGUCCAGGCUCAGUAUCUGCCCAAUGGCAAGAUUAGGGUGUUUACUACCAUCCCUAGAUUCGCCAACGGCAUACCAUAUACCCUGGCUACCGUUUCCGAGACGCAGGGCAGGAAUGGACCCCUGCUAGAGCCCUAUCCCAGCUAUUCCUGGCACAACGGCAACGGCGAGAACUGCGACCAGAUCACCUCCGCUUUUCGGGUGGCCAUCACGGAGUGCAACCAAAUGUGGGUCAUCGAUUCCGGUAUCAUUGGCACCACCCAGCACUGUCCACCCCAACUGCUGCAGUUCGACCUGAACACCGAUCGGCUGCUGCAUCGCUACCGCUUCCCGAACGAGACCUACAUCCCCAGGGGAUCCCUCUUCAUCACGCCCAAUGUCCUGGUACAGGAUCCACCGCCCAGGGGCCGCUGCAGUCGCACGAUGAUCUACGUAGCCGAUGUCAGCUACCACGGCUUGGUGGUCUACGACCAUCAGGCACAGACCUCCUGGCGCGCGGAGAAUCGGUUCAUGUACCCCGACCCGGACUACGGCCAGCACACAAUCGCCGGGGAGAGCUUCAAUCUGAUGGACGGAAUGUUUGCUUUGAACAACGACAAGCGGAACCUGUAUUUCCAUCCGCUGGCCAGUGUCAGUGAGUACGCCGUGCCCCUCAGUGCACUCAACCGGCAGGCGAACUGGGCCGACGGGCCGGAGGCAGUGCCGGAACAGUUCACCUUGCUGGGCAGGCGAAAGAGCGAGUGCGCCGCCUCGGCCAUCGAUGGCCGGAACAAUGUCUACUGUGUCACCUUCAAUCCCAUCAAGCUGUUUGUUUGGAAUGUGAACACCCAGUACAAUUCUAGAUAUUUUGGCACCUUGCCAGCCAAAUCGGAUGAGCUGCAGUUUGUCAGCGGCAUGAAGGUGGUCAGAAAUUCAAAUGGCCAGGAGGAACUCUGGAUGCUAUCGAAUCGCUACCAGAAAAUUGCAACUGGCACUUUGAAGUCCAACGAGGUGAACUUCCGGAUUUUGAGGCGCAAGCUGGAUGAUGUCCAGGGAGGGGUUUUCUUUGCCAACGACGAUGACCUAUCCAACCGCUUAGUCUUUACCUAGAUGUCAUAUAACCUCAAAAAAUAAUACCUAAGCUAAUCUUUGUAAAUAUUAACAUAUUUGUUUGGUUUAUUCUGAGGAGAAGUAGUAGGUUAUGGAGAUUAAUUGCAGGGUUUAUCUUUUGGAUUAAAAUCUUAAUCUUAUUUAGGGUUUAAGAAG